UUUGCCUGAUUGGUUUUUCGUUAAGUUUAGCGCACAUGUGCAUGACAUUUGGCUGUCAAGUCUCAGUCCGUGGAAAGAUACGAAGAAAAAUUCUACAACUAAAAACUAACUACAAAAAUAUUGGCAAAAUACUUACAGAAAAUUAAAGUUUUAAUAAAUACUUGGCGAAACAAGGACAAUGAGUGAAGAAUACUUAAGUCAACCGCUAUCGCUGGGGUCGUCAUCAUCAGAUGAUAAAACACGACCAAACCGAUCGAGUGGCUUGUCGUCCGCAACCAGCACAUUCGCUACACCAAUUUCUCCAUAUUUGAAUUAUGACCCGCGCUACUUGCAACAAGCACAGCCAGAAUUUAUUUUUCCGGAGGGAGCGAAUAAACAACGUGGACGUUUCGAAUUGGCAUUCUCACAAAUUGGUAGUUCAGUAAUGGUUGGAGCGGGGAUUGGUGGUUUAGCUGGGUUUUAUAACGGUCUACAAACAACAUCUGCGCUAAAACAAACGGGCAACCUCAGACGAACACAACUGCUGAAUCAUAUUAUGAAACAAGGCUCUGGCACUGCAAAUACGCUGGGCACACUUGCCGUUAUGUAUUCAGCUUUUGGUGUACUGCUGCAAAAUGUACGCGGUGAAGACGAUGACAUUAAUACGCUUAUUGCCGGCACAGCCACGGGUCUGUUAUAUAAAUCCACAGCUGGUCUUCGAAAAUGUGCGAUCGGCGGAGGUGUCGGCUUAGGCAUAACAGCGGCUUAUUGUCUCUUCCAAUUGAUGCGAACGAACUCAAAUGGUUCAGGCGUAAAAUUUCUGUAAAACCAUAUGAGUACAUACAAAUGUAUAUGACAUGUAACAAACCGACUGCUACAUUUUGUAUUUGCGAAUAGAGUAGUGGUUAGUUGCUGGUAGUGACUUGGGGGGUAACUCCAUAAUUUGUGGAGUUGAAUGUAGUCCCGUUAUUCCUCUCUAUGUAACGCACGCAUGUAACGUACAUAGCAAAU